AUGUGGGACUGUGGACUCCAAUUGUGGGACUGCCACGUGUCCCAAAGGAAAUGUUGCCCUAGCCACGGGUUUGGUAGGGAUGGUGCCGAAGGCAACCAUAGUGGAGCGCGGAGUCCCCCAAGUUCUCUUGCGAGAGUUCUCGGAAGGGGACUUGAAAUCAACUUCGGCAGGAAAUGUUGUCCUGCCGUUCGGUAA